GGAGGAGCCAGAGAAGGAGGUGGAAUAUCUGAUGGGGAUUUCUGGAUUGGCCUGACUCGUGUGGGUGGAGCCGACAACACCUUGACUCCCUGUCCUGAUCUAUAUCAUUGGACUGAUGCCAGUGACGCCACCUUCAGGAACUGGUACUUUGAUGAGCCCUCCUGUGGUGGGGAGGCCUGUGUUGUCAUGUAUCACCAGCCAACUGCACCUGAAGGCCUGGGCGGGGCUUAUCUAUACCAAUGGAAUGAUGACCGCUGCAACAUGAAGCACAACUUCAUAUGCAAGUAUGAGCCAGACAGCGACCUAAUGAAGGAACAUAAAGACAAAGCAACAGGGCGGGGCACAGCUGUGACUGCAGGUGGAGGUGUGGUGAACCAGUCUGCAGGCAGUGAGAGCGUCGCCCCUGAAGUGGCCAUGGCCGGACCUUCAGGAAUGCUGCUGCUGUACGUGGUCAUCCCAACCAUCCCGCUGUUGCUGCUCAUCCUGGUGGCCUCUGGAACGUGCUGCUUCCAGACGCUCAGCAGAAGUCGUUCUCAGACAAAGACCCCCACCGACCGAUCAAACCUGUGGAUCUCCAGGACACCUAAACCUGAUACCAUGGAGGUGUGACGUCACUGUGACAUCAGAGGCAGAGCAAUGAUGUCACCAGAGACUUUCAUUUGGUUGUGACCAAUGAUUUAUGGUAAUAGCAGCGGGGGGUCAACAGUGAUGUCAUGUUGAGCAGAAAGUGGGUGGAGCUUAUUUAUUGUGAUUUAAUGAACUGGAUGUUUUGUUCCAAUCCAGCACUGCUCUUUAUUAUUUUGUGAGAAGCGCCCCCUGCUGGGCAGACAUGUAUGGAGCAGGACAGCUGUAGGUUAAGCCGUCUGGAAGAAACUUCAGUUAAAACUCGACUGAUCCGACUGCUGCUGCUUCUGGUUCUGACAGGAAUGAACUGGAUCAGUACCGUGCAGAUGGUUACAGAUCAGAACCAGAACUUUAACCUCCAGCAGUGUGAUGGAGCUGAUGGGGAGCAGGAGUUUGGACCCAGCAGCCUCCUCAGACCGCCUCAGUGAGCUCCUGUCUUGUUCUCUGUCUGCUUUUCCAUGCAUGAACCUUCAGUGUUGAAUAAAAA